AUGCCUAGAGAUCCUUUGAUUGGUAUCGUUGGUAAGCCUUCGUCCGGUAAAUCUACAACUUUAAACUCAUUGACAGAUGCAAGUGCGUCAAUUGGUUCUUUUCCUUUCACAACAAUUGAUCCAAAUAGAGCUACUGGAUAUGUACAAAUAGAUUGUGCUUGCUCAAGAUUUGGUAAAGAAUCACUUUGUAAACCAAACUACGGUUGGUGUACCAACGGUAAAAGACAUGUCCCCAUUAUGUUAUUAGAUGUUGCCGGUUUAGUUCCGGGAGCUCAUAUUGGUAGAGGUUUAGGUAAUAAAUUUUUGGAUGAUCUAAGACAUGCAGAUGCAUUAAUUCAUGUUGUUGAUGUUAGUGGUACAACAAACGCUGAAGGUAAAAAUACCAGAGGUUACGAUCCAUUAAAUGAUAUUGAAUGGUUACAGGAUGAGAUUAGAUUAUGGAUUGAAGGUAAUCUAAAGAAAAGAUGGGGUUCAAUUGUUAGAAAACACACAGCAACAAAAUCAAAUGUGGUAGAUACUUUACAAGCUCAAUUUGGUGGUUAUGGUUCACAAUUCUCAAUGAUUCAAAGAGCAUUAGAUCGUUUAGAAGGUUUACCACCAUUAGAACAUUGGAACGAUGAUUGGAUUACUAGAGUGGUUAAAUCAUUUAUGGUAGAAAAAUUCCCUACAGUAUUAGCAUUAAACAAAAUUGAUCAUCCUGAUGCUGAUAAAAAUGUUUCCAAAAUUAUGCUAAAAUAUCCAAAUACAAAAUCUGUUCUCUGUAGUGCAGUGACAGAGAUUUUCUUGAGAAAAUUGAACAAGCAGGGUUUUAUUCGCUACGAAGAAGGUACAGAGUUUGUUGAUACUUGUGAAGAUGACCCUGAGAAUUUAAAACCAUUAGAUGACAAGAUUUUGAGUAGAAUUGAGGGUAUUCGUGAUUUGGUUCUUUACAGAUUUGGAUCCACGGGUGUCGUUCAAGUCUUACAAGCUGCAACUGAUAUUUUAAAUCUAAUACCGGUAUAUGCCGUAAGAAAUAUUCAAACGUUUCAAGGUGGUAAUGGUCAGAACGUCUUUAGAGAUUGUUUCCUUGUGAAAAGAGGUACAUCUGUUGGUAAAGUUACAAGACACAUUAUGGGUACUGAAGUGACCAUUGCAGCCAUUGAAACUGUUGGUGGUGUUAGAGUUAGUGAAGAUGCACCAGUGGAACCUGGUAAAAAUGACAUUUUGAGCUUUAAGAUUGCACCAAAAUCAAAGGAUACCUAG